GAAGGAGAGAAGUUCAAAUCCUGGCAUUGACUUCGCCAGUGAUCUACAAUCUGUGCUUUCUUCCCUAUUAUCUCUUCCUAUCUGUUACCUUCGUGGGUCAUGGCUUCUUCAACAACGGCUUCGCGUCUGAUCGCCGUGCUCCUAGGGUUUCUCGCACUCACCAUGUCCACCACCGCGAGGCCCUGCAGAACCUUCUUCAUCUCCUCCUACUCCUUCUCCUUUAGGCCCCAGUCCUCCGCCGCAACCCUCACUGCCUUCGAAGAGUUCAGAUCCCUUGUCCCCCACGACGUCGCUGGCAAUAACGACAAUAACUAUGACAAUCUUUCUUAUCCUGCCGAGAUCUUCUUUGACGGCGUCCUCACUGGCUAUCCCCUUGAGGAGGAGGAGCAUGAGGCUGAAAUUGAGCUACGGGCGUCGCAGAUACGAGCCCCAUUUGGAUUCUUGUCCCAUAAUUUCAGCUCGUUCCGUGAUCGAACUCAGGACAUUAUGAGCGUUGUUCUGGCGCUACUCUUCGGCGCCGCAGGUGGGGCUCUCACGGCUGUUGGUUUGUACUUAAUAUGGUCUGUGUUAUCUGACCGCUAUGAUUAUGGCGAUUCUUACGAUGAUUAUGUCGAUCAAGAGAAAGAAAUCGAUAGCCCUAGGAAAACGGGGUUCAUGAAGAUUCCGGCGUUUGAAUCUGCGCCUGCACCAGCCCAGGAAUCGGUAUGAAUUGAGGAUAACAGUCAUGUGCUUUGGUGAUUGUAGUUUGUGAACCUAAUUAUGGGUUCCUUGUAAUCGUAGGUGAAUUGAAAAUGGGCAAACUUUUGGCCUCUAUCGGUGUUUUCAAUUGCAUAUUUGCCUCUUUUGUUUGACACCAGCUCGAUAUGUAUUACUAACUUGUGCUUCUUUCU